AUGCGCUUCACAUCCUUUCUGGCCUUGGGGGCUUUGGCCCUCAGUGUCACGGCGCAGGAUGGUCGCGUAGUCUAUGCCAGGCAGAACGAGUCCUCUCCUGAGACCUCUGUUGAAUACUCGGUCGCUCCUGAGCCGGCAUCUUCACCUGCCCCCUCGCUCAAACCCGAGGUGGACUCUUCGCCGGUGCCAGCGUCUAAACCUACCGCUGAGCCUGCCUCCUCUAUUGUAGCGCAAACGGAGCCCACGCCCACCGACGCAGAGAAGAAGUCACCAACCUACGACACCAACACUGAUGACUGCAUCCAUUGGGGUUCCAAAUGCCCGUGGGGUAAGACGGUUACAGUCACCGAGAAGAAGACUGAAACGGUCGUGGAGAAGAAAACGGAGACUGUCACUGUCACUGCCAAACAGACAGAUGUCCAUACAGAUGUUCAGACAAAUGUUGUGACCAAGACGGUUACUGAGAAGGAACCUGUUGUAUCCACCAUCACGGUCGUUUCCAAGGAAACGGUCUUUACAACGGAAGGAUACACGACCACGGAUUUUGAGACCCGAACUGUCAUCAAGUCAUACCCGGUUACAACCACGGUUGCUCUGUGCAAGCCCGUUGUCGAACCCGUUCCGACAUACGCGGCGCCAACAACCAAUGGCGGCUAUGGCAGGAAGAAGCGCACCCACCCCGAAGUCUGCGAGACUCGCACAACGACGAUCUGGAAGACCCUCACCGAAAGCUUCACAGUACCUCUGACUGUGACUCAAGGCUACACCAAGACCCAGAAGGAGAUCGAGACGCAGAAGUACACCGAGACCAAGAAGCACACCGAGACGCAAAAGUUCACGGAAACUCAAGAGGUUACUGCCACCAAGAUUCACACCUCUAUCUCGACGUUUGUGACGACGCACGUUUUGACCACCGUCGUGCCAACUACCGUUGUUUCCAGCUCCACCAUAUAUGUGACCAAGACCUACACGACUGUCGAAACUCGGACGAAGAAAUUUUACUUUACGGACACCGUGACGCAAAAGUUCACCCAGACGCAGAAGUUUACAGACACACAACGGUUCACUGACACAGCCAUCAUCACAAAGAAGAUUACUGACUUUGCGACCAUCACAAAGCCAGUGACCAGGACGGCCACAGUGACCUCGGUGUUUGUGUCUCCGACGACGAUCAUCUCGACUUUUGCCUACACAACGAGCAUCCCGUACACCAUCACAGUCGACCACACCACAACAACAACGGCCUGGUCAGUCUCGACGUACUUCAGCUACAAAACCUACACCACUUCGGCGACAGUGACUGCUUCAUUCACAGAGGUCCAGACGCGGACGGCUACUGCCACCAGGACGGCUACACUGACGGAGAAAUACACGUCGCCCACCACCAUCUUCGUGUCGACAACCUUCUACGACACCAUCACUCUGUCAACAAGCUACCCAGUGACAGUGACGGAUGAGAGAACGGUUCGGGAGACAUCCUACAUCACGAGCGUUCGGACAAUCGUUUCUGAAGUCCCGGUCGUAUCCUACGUCACGCGUACGAGGACCGCGACAGCUCUCUCGACUGUCGUGGUUCCAACUACGAUCCCCGGAGAGCUCACAACCAUUCUGGUCCCCACCACCAUCGAGGGCGAGCUCACUACGAUUCUGGUUCCGACAACAAUCCCCGGGGUGGUUACUACUGUCCGGGUACCGACAACAAUUGCUGGCGAGCUCACGACGGUAGUGGUCACUACUACCAUCGAAGAAACGAUCCUGGUUCCAACCACGCUUUCUGGAGAGCUCAGUACCGUUCUGGUUCCAACCACGAUCUCGGGCCAGGCGACGACCAUCGUUGUACCAACCACGCUUCCCGGCCAGAUCACGACUGUGCUGAUAACUACGACGAUUGAGGAGACAAUUCAGGUGCCGACUACCAUUUCUGGCCAGCUCACUACGAUCCUGGUUGCCACUACCGCAACAGCAACAAUCCGGCCGCCUCCUGAAACGAUCACUCUUGCAGGGUCGACAAUCGUAUCGACAAUCGCGGGACAGGUCACAACCAUCCAACUGCCAGGGACUACUUUGACUCUUCUGACAACAGAUGUCGUUACAUUGCCCCCCUCCACAACCACUCUACCUGGUUCGACGGUGGUGACGACUGUCACUGAAACAGCCCCUGCUUCUACCGUGACUAUCACUGAGGACGGGACCACUAUCACGAGCGUCAUCCCUGGCCCAACGUCCGUUGUCACUUCAACCUUGACCCUCCCACCCAUCACUCUGACCCUCCCUCCUUCGACCGUUACCCAAACUGACCGGACGGUUUGCCCUGCCCCUACCAACACUCCUGGCGUCAACCCUAUUGUCGAAUUCAACCCCAGGUCAAACCUCACCUGGGGCUGCCAGCCUGGAUACGUCUGCAACCCUCCCAAGCCGGCCGGCUGCAGCUUGUGGGCCGACUCGCCAGCAGAUGAUUACGUCUGUAACCCAAGAGACUGUAUUCCUGCGCCGUCGUACACCCUGGCCACCUGGAAAGAAAACGAGACGCAUUACUAUCCCCCUAACGAUGGAUACUUCAACCUAAACCCCAACGCAUUUGGUCUUCCCUACGAUAUCUUUGACUACGAUGUUAUCGUCACCAAAGUGAAGGGCAAGAAGGGCCACAAGAAGACCACCAUCACGACUGGCAACUGGGCCUCCGCCACCGACCUGACGCACUUCCCGCCCCCGGCACAAUCCACAGUGACAGUAGCGCCGGCCCCUGUGUCUUCUUCAUAUGAGGACGGCAAGCAUACUGCCAAGCAUCACAAGGAAGGCAGGGUCUACGAGCGCCGCUCGCUUCUUAACAAACGUGACGAAACGAUCGUUCCGGCCAUCUGCUUCGACACCUGCAACAAUUGCUACAUCGAGGUACAAUCCACCGGCAAGGUCACUAGCAUCUGUAGUCCCACAUCAGCCUUCCAGACGGACUUGGCGUCGUGCAGGCAGUGCGUCAGAGAGAACGUCGAGGACGAAAAGGAGACUUUGCGGGUCUACCUCGAGCCCAAGUUCCAGCAGUUCAUCUCGUUCUGUGAGGGCGAGGCGCCCCAGAGCCCGACUUCUGCGACUGUGCUGCCGCCCCAGAGUCAGGUGAGCUCGGCCAUCUUGACCACAGCGAGCCAAGACACCGGUUCUACAGAGACUUCGGCGGUGCCCAUUCCGGACACCACCACCACAACGCCCGCCGAAGCAUCAACAUCGCAGAGUCCAACGCCAACUCCAAUCGUUUCCCAGAGCACAGGCACCGUCGUCUCUUCAUCGUCCUCGGCUGUCAACUCAGCAGACACCUCUGAGGCGUCGUCGACGGUUGCUGCCACGUCUGGCUCCACAAUCGUGACCGCAACUAUUUCGACGUCGGCCGUGGUAGGAACGUCGGCCGGAGGUGCCUCUGAUCCCGCCGGAAGCUCCUCUACGAGCGUCUCUACAGGCGAUUUGACAUCUUCGACGGGGAAUCCUUCGACGGCAUCGUCAGGCACCGCAACAAGCGGCGCUAGCUCAGUUUCCACCGCAACGGGCGGAAUUGGUGGAUCAGCCUCCGGAACGCAAGCCCCCUCAUCGACCGUAUCAUCUCCGGGCACUGGCACCACCGGCCCUGUCGUCGUCCCGACGGGUGCGGCGGCGAAAUCCGCAUCUUCAACCCUAUUCGUCGUCAUCGCGCCGCUUUUAGCUCUUCUGUUCAUCUAGUUUCUAUCCACUCUUUCUUCGAUACAUAUCACAAUUAUUUCAUGUUGGGUUAUACACAUUUGGGCGGUAAAAGUUCAUGAAGGUUUUAUUCACGACACUCAUUCACAAUCGUCUCACCGAGAGACAACUCAACUCUAGCGUUUUCAGAAUGAGAGCACGAGAUGAACGACAGAUAUUGAUUUCAGAGACGGAUUUCACGACACUCCUUAAAGAUAAUGAAUAAUUUGCAUCGUGUGGCGGGCGCAUUUCGGAAGGAUUACUUUUUAUUUCCCAUAUUUCAUCCAUACGGAGAGGUGACUUGGUCAUGAUACCCUUUACGCUCCUUUACGACCCGGCCACGAUAACCAUGAGAAAGAUGUUUGGGAGCCGAAGCUCGGUAAAAGCUUUGGAAGGAGGAGGUGAUUUUUGUGACUUGGAAUCUGCAAAAGGCGAGAAGCCUGUUCUUGGCGAGGAAGAUUAAUCGGUCGGGGCACUGGAUGAGGCGAUGAGGCGAUGUGGCCUCUUAAUACCAAGAAGGGAU